AUGGAGGACCCCUUGGUCACAUCCCCAGGGGCCGCCAACGGCCUCUCCGCGCCCAAGCAGCCCGCACCCACCUCUACCUCGAUAGAUCCGCAGGUCAUAGUCGACCAUCUCGUAAAAGUUUUGAGCGUCACCUUGGGCGCCUCGGAAGAGGACCUUGCUGCGCCCGGGAGCUUAUUGUCUGAGGCGCUGCUGGCCGACACCCUGCAGCGCUGCACACGCUUCGCUCUCGAGGCGCAGGUUGCGCUCUACGUGCAGAGAAUCAUCGGCGACCACGAGCAGAUUGACGCCGCGAACGGGUCGGAAGUCCCGUCGCUGCGCUACAUCUACACGCUGACCUCCGAGCUGUCCGCUUCGAGCUCCUACGAUGCCUGCAUCGCCAUCCUGAAGGGUCCGCAGCCCAUCAACCCCGCCGCCCCCAUCAGCCAGCAGAUCCAGGUCAUCAAUCUCCCCGGAAUUGCGUCCUCGGACACGACCACGACUGGCCAGGGCCCUCUCAGCUCACCAUUCGAGGCUUUACACUCUCUCGUUCACUUGGCGCUGGCGCCGUAUUUUGAUGCGUACACGAAGAGCCAGGCGGCGCUCCACCCGAGCUGGAGCAAAGGAGAUGUCGAUGCCAGGACUGGCAUUCCUGGCGCUAAGAAGAGGAUUGCAGAGCUAGAGUUGAGUUUGCUUCAGUUGCAGCAGAACACCGAGAUACCCGAGCUUUUGUUGGCUCAACCUGAUGUAAUUCAAAAUGCGUUGGAGGAGGCCCAAGCCAAGGGGGUCAAGCCGACCAUCGACCUCAUCCCCGCGGCCUUGUUGGACGACAGCAAGUUCCUGAACAACCUGCAGAACAUCGUCAAUGGAUGGAUUAGGUCGAUACAGACGAUUACGAAGACGAACCGCGAUCCGGCCAGCGGUACCGCAAAUCAAGAAAUUAAUUUCUGGCUGAACAUGGAGUCGGCUUUGGCUGGAAUCGAGCAGCAGCUUCGCAGCGAUGGCGUGUCCCUCACCAUGGACGUGCUCCGACACGCGAAGCGGUUCCAGGCCACGGUCAGUUUCAGCACCGACACAGGUCUGAAAGAGACCAUGGAAACUGUGCAGAAGUACAACCUGCUGAUGCGCGAUUUCCCUCUUGAUGAGCUUCUGUCCGCCACCUCGUUGGAGAAGGUGCAGGAUUCUAUCAACAUGAUCUUCGGUCAUUUGAACAAGAAGCUUCGUGCCUCUCCGUACCCCAUCAAGCGCGCUCUUGCAUUGGUGGAAGCCAUCUCGGGCGAUUUGGAUGCUCGGAUACAUUUUCUCCUCAACGGUCGCGAGCUCAUGCACCAGGAGUUCCCUGAUUUUGAUGCCACCAUGAAGCUUGCCGAGGGCGUUUGGCGCGCAUGGGACGACAACGUCAAGGAGUUUACUAAUGUUGCGCGUGAAGUGUCUCGCCGAAGGAACGAGAAGUUCAUCCCCAUCAAGAUCCAGCCUCGGCAUGUCCGGACCCAGGAUAGGCUCAAGUACAUCACGACCUUCCGGAAGAACCACGAGCAGCUCCAACGCACCAUCGUCAACGUACUCGGCCCCAGCUCUACGGUCCGGGAGAUCUCCGACAACGCAAAGGACGACGCUGUCAUCGUGGAGGAGAUUGGCGAUGUCGAUGCUGUGGAGGAAGUUGCCCAGGCUUAUGCGGCUUUGAAGGACGUCGAUGUCUUGGACGUUACUCCCGAAGGAACCCGAAUUUGGGAGCAGGCUGAGAUGACGUACAACGAGCGCACAUCUCGUGUCGAGAACUCCAUUAUUGCCAGGCUGAGAGAUCGUCUGGCAACGGCGAAGAACGCCAAUGAGAUGUUCCGCGUCUUUUCCAAGUUCAACGCUCUUUUCGUCAGACCGAAGAUCCGGGGCGCCAUUUCUGAGUAUCAGACUCAGCUAAUUGAUAAUGUCAAGCAAGACAUCUCGGCAUUGCACGAGCGCUUCAAGCAACAGUACGGACAUUCUGAAGCUCAUGCAAUGGCCCAGCUCCGAGACCUUCCUCCAGUUUCAGGUGCUGUCAUCUGGGCGCGUCAGAUUGAGCGUCAGCUUGAUGGCUACAUGGGCAAGGUCGAGAAUAUUCUCGGCAAAGAUUGGAGUCUCCACAUGGAAGGUCAAAAGCUCCAAAGCGAGAGCAACAUGUUCAGAAAGAAGCUCGACACGCGGCCAAUCUACGAAGCCUGGCUGAAGGAGGUCCAGAGGCGCAACUUGUCGAUUUCCGGCCGUCUCUUCAGCGUCUCCCGCAACCGUGCCGCUGGUAACUCUUUGGAAUUGGGCGUCAACUUUGACCACCAGGUCAUCGCCCUAUUCAAGGAAGUGCGCAACCUGCUCUGGCUCAAUUACCAGGUUCCCCACGCCAUCAACAACAUCUCGAAGGAGGCAAAGCGCGUCUACCCCUACGCUGUCAGCAUGAUGGAGAGUGUGCGCACGUACUCGCAGACUACUCGUGCGAUCACCGAGAUGGUUGAGGUUUCCAUACUCCUACACGGCUACCAAAACGAUGCUCAAAGCUUGAUCACAAAGGGUGUUCCCCUUAAGUGGGAGAGUUUUGUCCACGCUUAUGACUUGCACAUCAGGCAAGGCCCGCUUGCCGCGGCGGAUCACUCCUUGACUCCGGCAAGAGGUGAAAGCAAGCACGUUCAGUUCGUCCGGGAGUUUGCUGCAGCUGUUUCGCUACUUCAAAGCAAGACGGAAACCCUGAAGACCAUUCACGCCACCAUCCAAAAGGCUCUUUCCGACCUCGAAACUUGCCCUUACAAGUAUGACGCUUUCCGCACCAGCUUGGAUGUGAUCCAGCGCGCUGUCGACCAGCUCAACCUCGAGAAUUACGUCAACCUUCAUUACUACGUUUCGGAGUUGAACUCCAGGAUUGAGCGCACGCUUCUUGUGCGUCUGAGCACCGCCAUCCAGGAAUGGAUUGAGGCCUUCGAGAGUGCAGACGGUUCUGAAAUUGAUGGUCGGCCUACUACUGCUUCUUCUGAGAGCGCAGAGAAAAACCGUCCUCGCCUGUCCCAUCUCAUUCACGAAAUCACGAUGCGUAACCAGGUCAUCUACCUCGAUCCCCCGCUGGAGUUCGCCCGUGCUAGCUGGCUCGACCAAUUGCAUGACUGGCUUGGCGUUAUCUGCAGGCUCGAGAAGAUCAAGUCCUCGAGAUACGACAUGCGCCUUGAGGCCGUUCAGGAUCCAGCCAGCCUCCGUUUUGUGGAACUCCCAAGCCGCUGCACUGAAUCUCUCACCCGCGUAUACGGUGCCAUCGAGGAGAAGAUUAGAGAAAUCAGCGUUUAUGUGGAUGAUUGGCUCCGUUUCCAGUCUCUUUGGGAUCUCAAGUCGGAUCAAGUGUACGAUAUUCUUGGCGAUGAGCUCCGCAAAUGGCUGCAGCUGCUGCAGGAUAUCCGCAAGACGCGCUCGACUUUCGAUACCUCAGAUGUUAGCCGCACCUUCGGCAAUGUCACCAUCGACUACGAGCAAGUCCAGAUGAAGGUCAACGCCAAGUAUGACCAGUGGCAGCAUGAAAUCCUUGUCAAGUUUGCCGCUCGUCUCGGAGCACGCAUGGCGGAGGUCUACGCAGAGAUCGAAAAGGCACGCAAGGACCUCGAGGGCCAGUCUCUUGAGUCGUCGUCCACUGCUCAAGUCGUUCACUUCAUCACUUCCGUUAAGCAGUGCAAGCAGAAGGUCAAGGUCUUGGCUCCCGAGGUUGAAGUUUUCAGACAAGGACAGACUACUCUCACCCGCCAGCGCUACCAGUUCCCUCAAGACUGGCUUGACUGUGAUCAGAUUGAUCACGAGUGGGCGACGCUCAAUGAGAUUCUCAGCCGGAAGAGCAAGAUCGUCAACGACCAGACGGACGCGCUCAGGGCGAGACUUACUGCUCAGGACAAGGUGAUGAACGACAAGAUCACUGAGCUCGUUGGACAAUGGAACGAAGAGAAGCCUGUCUCCGGCACAAUUCCUCCCGAGGAGGCAUCCGCUACUCUGCAGACCUUCGAUCAGAAGCUCACUCAGCUCAGCGAGGAAGCGAGAAUGGUCUCGGAAGCCAAGGAGGCUCUCGAUCUCCCACCCAGUGGAGAGAGCAUUCUGCCUACUCUUCUCGAGGAAGUCCAAGACUUCAAGUCCGUCUGGGCUGCACUCUCCACCAUCUGGAGCAGUCUCAACGACCUCAGGGACACUCUCUGGACGAGUAUCCAGCCUCGCAAGCUGCGUCAGUCCCUUGACAACUUGAUCAAGAUGACUAAGGAGAUGCCCAGUCGUAUGCGCCAGUAUGCUGCUUUUGAGCAUGUGCAGAACCAUCUCAAGGGUCUGCUCAAGGUCAACCCUCUCCUUUCCGAUAUGCGUUCCGAAGCUGUGCGCGAGCGCCAUUGGAUCAAGAUCUUCCGUGCUCUGAAGCCGAGCAAGAGAUAUUCGCCGUUGUCCAUGACUCUGGGUGAUGUGUGGGAUCUCCAGCUGGCACAGAGCGAGACCGUCAUUCGCGAUGUCAUCACCCAAGCCAUGGGUGAGAUGGCUCUCGAGGAGUUCCUGAGGCAAGUCCGUGAGACCUGGCAGAACUAUUCCCUGGAACUUGUCUCCUACCAGAACAAGUGUCGCUUGAUUCGUGGUUGGGACGACCUCUUCGCUAAGUGCAGUGAGAACUUGAACUCUCUGCAAGCCAUGAGACACUCUCCGUACUACAAGGAGUUCGAAGAAGAGGCAUCGUCUUGGGAGGAGAAGCUCAACCGCAUCCAUGUGCUCUUCGAUGUUUGGAUCGACGUGCAGCGCCAGUGGGUGUACUUGGAGGGUGUUUUCACCGGCAACGCCGAUAUUAAGCACCUUUUGCCGAUGGAAUCCUCUCGCUUCCAGAACAUCAACUCCGAGUUCCUGAACGUCAUGAAGAAGGUCUCUCGUUCGCCCUUCAUCCUCGAUGUCCUGGCUAUUCCCGGUGUGCAGAAGUCGCUCGAGCGUCUCGAGGAGCUGCUCAACAAGAUUCAGAAGGCCCUCGGAGAGUAUCUUGAGCGCGAGCGUGUUUCCUUCCCUCGUUUCUACUUCGUUGGUGAUGAAGACUUGCUCGAGAUCAUCGGUAACAGCAACGAUACGGUCAGAAUUGCCAAGCAUUUGCGUAAGAUGUUUGCCGGUCUGUCUGGCCUGAUCACUACUGAGGACAACGUCAUCACCGGUUUCACCUCGAAGGAGGACGAGAAGGUCCAGCUGAAGAAGGAAAUCUCCCUCAUCAAAACUCCCAAGAUCAACGAAUGGCUUGGUGCGCUUGAGUUGAACAUGAAGAUGACACUUGCCGAGCUGCUUGCCGAGGCCAUUGAACAGUUCAAUGGCAUUCUGCAGGCUGAGACAAUUGACCGGGAAGCAUUUGAGGCCUACAUUGCUCAGUACCCAGCACAGGUUGUCGUCCUUGCUACACAGGCUUGCUGGACCACCGACGUCGACAAUGCCCUGCGCAACGGUGGUUCUACUCUUCAGGCCUUGUAUGAGCGCCAAGUCAACAUCCUGCAGCUUCUCGCCACCGCUGUUCUGGGAGACCUCGACACCAUUCAGCGCAAGAAGUGCGAGCACCUGAUUACUGAGUGUGUCCACCAACGCGAUGUUAUCGACAAGCUGAAGACGAUUGGCGCCGACUCUGAGAACCAUCACACAUGGCUCCUGCAGAUGCGCUACGAGUACAAGCCUGAGGGCGACUUCCUCCAGCGUCUCAAGAUCAAGAUGGCCAACGCCGUUUUGGAUUACGGCUACGAGUACCUUGGUGUUGCGGAUCGUCUUGUCCGCACUCCUCUUACCGACCGUUGUUUCCUGACCCUCACCCAGGCUCUCUCGCAAAGACUCGGUGGCUCUCCAUACGGACCUGCAGGUACUGGCAAGACUGAGUCUGUCAAGGCUCUUGGUGUCCAGCUCGGUCGCUUCACCCUCGUCUUCUGCUGUGACGACACUUUCGACUUCCAGGCCAUGGGACGCAUCUUCCUUGGUAUUUGCCAGGUCGGCGCGUGGGGCUGUUUCGACGAGUUCAACCGUUUGGAAGAGCGUAUCUUGUCUGCCGUUUCCCAACAGGUGCAAAACAUCCAGCUUGGCCUGCGAAAGGGCGCUACCGACGAGAAGGCCCAGAUUGAGUUGAUUGGCCGCAACCUUCGUGUCGACCUGAACACUGGUCUUUUCAUCACCAUGAACCCUGGUUAUGCCGGUCGUUCCAACCUCCCUGACAACCUGAAGAAACUUUUCCGCAGUGUUGCCAUGUCAAAGCCCGACAAGGAGCUCAUUGCCGAAGUCAUGCUCUACUCUCAGGGUUUCUCGCACGCAAAGCCAAUCUCCAGCCAAAUUGUACCCUUCUUCGACAAGUGUUCCAAGUCCCUCUCGAAGCAGGCUCACUACGAUUUUGGUCUGCGUGCACUCAAGAGUGUGCUGGUCAGCUCCGGUGGCCUCAAGCGUGACCGCGUGGCCCAGGAAGGAGAAGACUCGGCCGCCGGCGAUGAGGUUAUGGAAUCUCAAAUCCUGCUGCAGAGUCUUCGCGAGACAGUCGCCCCCAAGCUUAUCCAGUCCGACGUUGAGACUAUGAGGGACAUCGAGGAAGAUUGCUUCCCUGGUGUUGAAUACGUGCCUGCACCGCUCGAGGCCCUUCAGCAAGCGAUUCGUGACACAGCAGGCGAGAACCGUCUUGUUGUCAGCGACAACUGGAUGACCAAGGUCCUUCAACUCUACCAGAUCCAAAACCUGCACCACGGUGUGAUGAUGGUGGGUUCUUCUGGCUCCGGUAAAUCCACCGCAUGGAAGACGCUUCUGCAGGCUCUUCAGCGCGUUGAGGGCACGGAAGGUGUGUGUCAUGUCAUUGAUCCCAAGGUCAUGUCGAAGGAGCACCUUUACGGAAGCUUGGACAGCACGACAAGAGAAUGGACCGAUGGUCUGUUCACUAGUAUUCUGCGUAAGAUCGUGGACAACCUUCGUGGAGAGGACACUAAGCGCCAUUGGAUCAUUUUCGAUGGUGAUGUCGACCCUGAGUGGGUUGAGAACUUGAACAGUGUCCUUGACGACAACAAGCUGCUCACGCUCCCGAACGGUGAGCGUCUGAACUUGCCACCAAACGUCCGAAUCAUGUUCGAAGUCGAGACCUUGAAGUACGCAACAUUGGCCACCGUUUCUCGUUGUGGUAUGGUCUGGUUCAGCGACGAUACUGUUUCCAUCGACAUGAUGAUCGCCAACUACCUUGGCGAGCUGCGCGAGAAGCCUUUCGAGGAUUUGGAAGAUGACAGCGUCGCUCCUGGUGUCAUGUCGCAGAAGGCACUGCAACUGCAACAGUUCGUUGCCGACCUUCUCGAGCAUCGUCUGCUUAACGACGGCUUCGUACGCAAGGCUAUCGAUGGCGCGCGUCCCUUCCGCCACAUCAUGGAGUACACUGAGAUUCGCGUUCUCAACACGCUCUUUUCUCUGCUCAACAAGACUUGCCGUUCCAUGCUCGAGUACAAUGUCCAGCAUCCAGACUUCCCGCUUGAGGACGAACAGAUUGAAGCCUUCCUAUCCAAGAAGCUGCUUCUUGCACUCACCUGGUCGUUUACCGGUGAUUGUCCGCUGUCCGAACGCAAGGAGUUUGGCGACAUGGUUGCUGGGCUGAGCACUGUGGACACUCCACCACUCAGCGGAGGCACCUCGCUUAUUGAUUUCGAUGUGGCCCUUCCCCGGGCUGAGUGGACGCUCUGGCAGAACCAAGUGCCUAACGUCGAGGUCAACACCCAUUCCAUCAUUCAGACGGAUGUCGUCAUCCCCACCAUCGACACUGUCCGUCACGAGGAUGUCCUGUACUCUUGGCUUGCUGAACAUAAGCCCCUGCUUCUUUGCGGUCCCCCCGGUUCCGGUAAGACCAUGACGCUUUUCAGCGCUCUUCGCAAGCUUCCCAACAUGGAGGUUGUCGGCCUUAACUUUUCGAGUGCCACCACUCCGGAUCUCCUAAUCAAGACGUUUGAGCAAUACUGCGAGUACCGCAAGACGCUCAAUGGAGUUAUCCUCAGCCCUACCCAGAUUGGUCGUUGGCUCGUCAUUUUCUGUGAUGAGAUCAACUUGCCUGCCCCUGACAACUACGGUACUCAGCGCGCUAUUUCUUUCAUCAGGCAACUGGUUGAACAGAACGGGUUCUGGAGGACUUCUGACAAGAGCUGGGUCACGCUCGACCGCAUUCAAUUCGUCGGUGCCUGUAACCCGCCCACCGAUGCCGGUCGUACCGCUAUGGGUCUUCGUUUCCUGCGCCAUUCCCCUCUUGUCAUGGUCGAUUACCCUGGUGAGAUCUCUCUCCAGCAGAUUUACGGAACGUUCAACAACGCUGUCCUCAAGAUCAUUCCGUCGUUGCGUGGAUACGCAGAACCUCUCACGAAGGCCAUGGUCCAAGUCUACUCCGAGUCCCAGAAACGCUUCACGCCCGAUAUCCAGCCGCAUUACGUCUACUCACCUCGUGAGCUCACCAGAUGGGUGCGUGGUGUGUACGAGGCUAUCCGGCCGCUCGAAAAUCUCAGCGUCGAAGGACUGGUUAGGAUUUGGGCUCACGAGGCUCUCCGUCUUUUCCAGGAUCGUCUUAUUGCCGAGGAGGAGCGCAAGUGGACUGAUGAAGCUAUCCACCGUGUUGCGGUGGAGAACUUCCCGACAAUUGACGAGGAGAAGGCCCUCGGUGGCCCCAUCCUCUUCUCCAACUGGCUCUCGAAGAACUACGUCCCUGUCGAGCGUGAACAGCUUCGCGACUUUGUCAAGGCUCGUCUCAAGACUUUCUGCGAAGAAGAGGUUGACGUUCCUCUCAUCCUGUUCAACGAUGUCCUGGACCACGUACUUCGCAUUGACCGUGUCUUCCGUCAACCUCAAGGUCACUUGAUUCUUAUUGGUGUCAGUGGCUCCGGCAAGACUACCCUGUCGCGUUUCGUCGCCUGGAUGAACGGUCUCAAGGUGUACCAAAUCAAGGUGCACGGCAAGUACUCGGCCGAAGAUUUCGACGAUGACCUGCGAAACGUCCUGCGCAGGUGCGGUUGUAAGGGUGAGAAGAUCUGCUUCAUCAUGGACGAGUCCAACGUCCUUGAUUCCGGUUUCCUGGAGCGCAUGAACACCCUACUUGCCAACGCUGAAGUUCCCGGUCUCUUCGAGGGCGACGAGUACGCGUCGCUGAUGACGUCUUGCAAGGAAGGCGCGCAGCGCCAGGGAUUGCUCCUGGACUCGCAAGAGGAACUGUACAAGUGGUUCACUCAGCAGAUUGUCAAGAACCUCCACGUCGUGUUCACCAUGAACCCGCCCGAAGAAGGACUGUCCUCCAAGGCUGCCACCUCUCCCGCCUUGUUCAACCGUUGCGUUCUCAAUUGGUUUGGUGAUUGGUCUGACCAGGCACUCUACCAGGUUGGCACCGAACUCACCCAAUCGGUCGAUCUGGAUCGUGCCAGCUUCAAGUCUCCGGACAGCAUCCCGGUUGCGUACAGAGACCUCAAUCUGCCGCCCUCUCACCGUGAGACCGUGGUCAACGCGAUGGUGUACAUCCACUACUCGCUGCACCGUUUCAAUGGCCGCCUCCGGAAGCAGCAGAACAAGAUCAUGCACUUGACUCCACGCCACUUUUUGGACUUUGUUGCGCAGUACGUUAGGCUUUACAACGAGAAGCGCGAGGAUCUUGAGGAGCAGCAGCGCCAUCUCAACGUUGGUCUCGAGAAGCUGCGCGAGACCGUCGACAAGGUUAGCGAUUUGAGGAAGAGUCUUGCUCAGAAGAAGGCCCAGCUUGAACAGAAGGAUGCCGAGGCCAAUGAGAAGCUGCAACGAAUGAUUGCGGAUCAGCGUGAGGCAGAGCAAAGGAAGACUCACUCGCUCGAAGUGCAGGCUGCGCUCGAGAAACAAGAGAAGGAAGUUGCGGAGAGAAGGGAGAUUGUGCUUGGCGACUUGGCCAAGGCCGAACCUGCCGUCGAAGAAGCCCAGAAGAGUGUCAGCAACAUCAAGAGGCAACAUCUUACCGAAGUCCGUUCCAUGCAGAACCCACCUGCUGGUGUCAGGCUUGCGCUGGAUUCCGUCUGCACCUUACUGGGACACAAGACGUCAGACUGGAAGUCCAUCGUCGCCAUUGUGAGAAGGGAUGAUUUCAUCGCCAGCAUUGUCAACUACGAUAACGAGAAGAUGAUGACAAGGAAUGUUCGCAUCAAGAUGCGCAACGAAUUCUUGAGCAAGGACGAAUUCACGUUCGACAAGGUCAACCGCGCAUCGAAGGCCUGCGGUCCCCUCGUGCAGUGGGUUGAAGCUCAGGUCAACUACUCGGAGAUUUUGGACAGGGUCGGUCCCCUUCGUGAGGAGGUCGGCCAGCUUGAGGAGGCUGCACUGCAGACCAAGGCCGAGGCUCAAGCCAUCUCCAAGCAGAUUGACACCUUGGAGGAGAGUAUUGCAGCUUACAAACAAGAAUAUGCGGCGCUCAUCAGCGAAACCCAGGCCAUCAAGGCCGAAAUGAGCCGCGUCCAGUCCAAGGUUGACCGUAGUGUGCGUCUACUCGACAGCUUGUCUUCGGAGCGUGGUCGUUGGGAGGAGAGCAGCAAGAGCUUCGAAACGCAGAUCGAUACCAUCGUCGGCGAUGUGCUCGUUGCCGCGGCCUUCAUCGCUUAUGGAGGUUACUACGAUCAGCAGUACCGUAAGGCCAUGACGGAGGACUGGUUCCACAUGAUGCACAUGUCUGGUAUCAGCUUCAAGCAACCCAACCCCGUCACAGAGUACCUGUCGACAGCAGAUGAGCGUCUCAAGUGGCAAGAGAACUCACUUCCUGCUGAUGACCUCUGCACAGAGAACGCAAUCAUCCUCAAGAGAUUCAACCGCUACCCGCUCAUUAUCGACCCGUCUGGACGCGUUACGGAAUUCUUGGAGAAGGAGUGCCAGGACCGGAAGCUCACUGUCACUAGUUUCUUGGACGACUCUUUCACAAAGCAGCUCGAGUCUGCCCUGCGUUUCGGCAACCCCAUUCUCAUCCAGGACGCAGAGCACCUCGACCCCGUCCUCAACCAUGUGCUCAACAAGGAAUACCAGAAGACCGGUGGUCGUGUGCUCAUUCAGCUCGGCAAGCAGGAGAUCGAUUUCUCGCCAUCAUUCAGACUCUACCUCUCUACCAGAGAUCCUUCAGCCAUGUUCGCGCCCGAUAUCUGCAGUAGAACCACGUUCGUCAACUUCACUGUCACCCAGAGCAGUUUGCAGACGCAGUCACUGGCGGAGGUCCUCAAGUCCGAGAGACCCGAUGUCGACGAGCGCCGCUCCAACCUUAUCAAGAUGCAGGGCGAGUUUGCCGUCCAUCUUCGGCAGCUCGAAAAGAGGUUGCUGCAGGCUCUCAACGAAUCGCGCGGAAACAUCCUCGACGACGACAACGUCAUCGAGACGCUCGAGACGCUCAAGAAGGAGGCGGCCGAAAUUUCAGCCAAGGUGUCGGAGACGGAAGGUGUCAUGACCGAGGUCGAGAACAUUACGCUGCAGUACACGAUCAUUGCUCGUUCUUGUUCGGCUAUUUUCGCUGUGCUGGAGCAGCUGAGGCACGUCAACUUCUUCUACCAGUUCUCGCUGCAAUACUUCACGGACAUUUUCGAGGCCGUGUUGCAGGACACGAAGAGGACAGCAAAGGAUCUCAGCUAUGCGGCACGCAUCGACCACAUUAUCAAGGGUCUUUUCAUCGACACCUACCGCCGCACCUCACUUGCUCUGCUGCACAAGGAUCGUGUCAUGCUGGCGAUGCUGCUGGCGCAGGCUGCUCCUUACAAAAUGGACAAGAGCCUUAUCGAUGCCAUCUUGGAUGAGGAUCUAAUCCCGGUCGACGUUUCCACUGAUCACGACCGCAAGGAUGAGGCUAUGGAGCGCACAACCAAGCACCGACUCUUCAAGACUGAGAUCGAAAAGAUCGAUUCGGCUGCUUGGGAAACGUUCUAUUCCGAGGAACUCGCUGAGAACCAUGUGCCGCCGGUCUGGCCUGACAAUACUGAGAAGCUGGAUCAGCACCUCCGCUCUCUCAUGCUCAUCAAGUUGUUCCGCGUUGAUCGCUUCGUCCCCGCUGUUGAGAAGUUUGUGUACGAGGUCUUCGGCAAGGAAUACGCAGAGGUUACAGACGACCUGGGCGCUAUCGUCAAGCAGGUGGGCGCGAUCACUCCGGUCGCCCUCGCCUCGUCGCCCGGUUUCGACGCUUCUUACAAGGUCGACAACCUCGUCGAGCGCAUGCACGUCUCGUGCACGAACAUUGCCAUGGGUUCCAACGAAGGUGUCUCGUCUGCAGACAAGGCCAUCACUGCCGCGGCGGCGACGGGCAACUGGGUCAUGGUCAAGAACGUCCACCUUGCGCCCACGUGGUUGCAGAGUCUCGAGAAGCGUAUUGACAGUCUCAAGCCGCACGCUGACUUCCGCCUCUUCCUGUCCAUGGAGACCAGCCCCAAGAUCCCUGUCAACUUGCUCCGCGCUUCUCGUGUUCUAAUGUACGAGCAGCCGGCCGGUAUCAGGGCCAACAUGAAGGACAGUUUGAGCCAGCUGAGCUCUCGCGCCCAGAAGCAGCCCGUCGAGCGUGCCCGUGUGUACUUGUUGCUCUGCUUCUUGCAUGCUGUUGUUCAGGAGCGUCUCCGCUAUGCGCCCAGCUUGGGUUGGAAGGGCUUCUGGGAGUUCAACGAUUCGGACUACGAGUGCUGCAGUAACAUCAUCGAUAUCUGGAUCGAGACGGUCGCUCACGGACGCACCAACAUUGCGCCCAAGAACAUCCCUUGGGACAUGAUCCGGAUCUUGAUCACGGAGAUGUACGGCGGCAAGAUCGACUCGGAGCACGACUUCACGAUCCUGACGGAGCUGGUGACGAGCAUCAUGGACCCGGCGGCGUUCGAGGAGGGCCACAAGAUCGUCAAGCCGACGGCGGAGAACGACGAAACGAGCCUGGAGGUGCCGAGCGGAACGGCGUUCAAGGCCUUCGUCGACUGGGUCAACGAGCUGCCCGAGCGCGAGCCACCGACGUACCUGGGCUUGCCGGCGAAUGCGGAGAAGUUGUUGCUUGUCGGCCAGGCGAAGACGAUGGUGGGCAAUUUGAAGUUGGUGGCGGACUUGUUGGAUGAGGGUGAGCAGGUCAUGGCGGAGGCGCAGGAGGGGUCGAAUGGCCAGUAA